AUGUCGUCUGUCGUGGUGGUCAGGCCAGGUCGUGUAUCUGAAAAGGGCCAGUUCAACGAUCCUCCUUUCCACCUGCCCGGCUACAACCGGACGGCCUUUCUCGGACAAAUCAUCUGUGACCAAAUCUCAAAGGCCUCCAAAGCCCGCGGCAGGCUUCUAAAAGCCGGCCAAGACGCAGCUUUUGAAAAGUCCUGGGACCGCUACUCGCGCAACAUGAUUGACGCCAUCAAAGUCGUCAAUGAAAAGUUUCGAGACGAGGCGUUGCAUCCGAAUGAGGCUCCGGCCUUUAUGGAGAUGCGACAUUUGCUUGUGCUUGAUUUGUACUUGCGGAGAGUCUUGUGGCGAGCUCAUCUCAAAGGCUUCAUUGCGUAUAUCCAACACCGAGGCGGCAUCAAGCAGGUCCUCAAACUAAAGGACGCGCCCCUUUAUCUAAACUUUGCGGUAGAAAACAUUAUCCACGCAAACACAACCAGCCCGGCAAAGCAGCAGCUCGAGGGCCUCGAAGAGUUUACCGACGAUGAGCUGAGAGCGGCGCUCAGCAACGCCUGUUUUGCGCCUUGCCCGGCGGCACUGUACCCUCUCCUUGUCCACAUUACCAGGCUGCGCGUCUCCGUCGCCUACAACCGACCUCCUCGAAAAGCCAACCUCGCGCUCGCAGUGCAGGACAUUUUCAACACGACAUGGCGCUUCGACGCAGACGCCUGGGCCGAGUCAAAGUCGUGGCAGGGCGAAGUCGACAUUGGGCGUGUCAUGGGCCGCGUCUUUCCACUCGCCAUCCGUCUCUACGGCAUUCUGACGCUGCCGGAAGCGUGGGUGGCCUCUUCGGCGGACAUUGCAACGGCCUACUAUGCAAGGCUUCCGGGGCGCAGCGUGCUCGACUCCCUGCGAAUUCAACACAGGGAGGAACUGUUGUCCUUGAUGAGAAGGAGCUGGGAUUUGCUAAAGUAUAAGACGUCAUUGGUCUGGCCGUUGCUCGUGGCUGGUGUGGCCGCGGCGGACGGUACUACGAAAGAUCGAGAGUUUAUUGAGGGCUGUUUAGAGGCCAUUUUGGCAAUGCCAAUUACGGCAUGUUCUUUUAUUACAGUUGUGGAUAAGCUUCGCGCGUUUUGGGCAUCUGGCAAGACAGAGUGGGAGGAUUGCUGGGAUGAGCCCAUCGUGGGCUCUGCCUGA